AGAGAGGCAGUCUGUCAGCUUGUCAGAAGGUUUUCUGUUUGCUUUUUUUUCACUUGAAUUGGGACAAAACCAGUUCCAAGCUCUGCACACUGGUGUGAACUUGAAGUGGUCAGGUGGAGGUCAAAGGUCGUGUGUGUCAUGACCCCACGGGAGCAGCUGAGGAAGAUGACAGCGAUGGGAGAGCAGGGGGCUUUGGAUGAGAAACACUGGUACCGUCUGGUCAACGGCAUGUCAGCUGGAGAGCUGCGGCAGAGGCAGGAGCUGAUAAUGAGGAACCAGAUGGCCAUGGCUCCACAGAUCCUCGCUCAGGGGCAGCAGAGGUUACAAGGGGUCCCAACGCAGUUUGAGCCUCGCUUCAUGGAGAGAGAGCUGGUUCCCCCCUCCGAGAUGGUAGCCUCUGAUGCCAGGCAGAUGCACAUGGGACCUCACCUUGGUCCACCUCUCCCUCCCCAUGCCAAUGUCCUGCCUGGAAGAGCUUUUCCUGGAGCAGCUGGCUAUGGCUUCUUGCCCUCGGAGCCCAUGGAAACAGUUGCCCGGCGACAGGAGCUUAUCCACAAGCAAAAUAUAGCCAGAAUGGAGAUGAAUGCCAUCCUGCACCAGAAGGAGCUGGAGAACGCCCACCAGAAGGGAUUUAUGGGAAUUGAUAACCCCAUGUCAUACCCUCCCAACCCCAUGGCAUUCAGAGGCCGUCAGCGCAUGCCAGACGGCCAUGAUGUCUUUGUCCAUCGUCCCACCCUCGAUGAACUGCACUCAAACAGCAUCCUCAUGUCAGCCAGCCCUUACCCACCCAUCAGCACGCUGCACAGAGAGAGAGGACGCAGGGCCGGCAGGAGGCCAACCGUUCACAAGAGCGCAGAGAGCCAUGUGUCAAACCUGAAAGGCCAAACUGAAGAUAAAAGUGUAGAGCAGAGCCCAGGAGCCACAUCAGGGGAGGAGAAAGAGGUGGAGGCAAAGGGAGACAUGGGAGAGGAGUGUCCCACCAGUAAGACGCAUCAUCAAGUAAAAAUAGACUCUGAACUGGCCGCAGGAAGCAGGAAGAACUACAAAGAGGGGGAGCCGGGCCUGCGUAAAGCCUGUGUGAACAGUCAAGAUGGGUCAGAUGUGACCAACAACGGUGCAAAUGAUAAAGACAUAUCCAGCCAGUGUUCAGCUUUCCAGGAGAAGUUCAUGUAUCCCUCAGCUGGUGGUGGCAUGCCUUACAUGUUCCCAGUCCCUGGAAAUGGUUUCCUCCCACCAGGUCCACCCAAUCUCUUUCUUAAUGGUGAUGAGGUGUCUGAAGACAUAAGGAAGUGGACAGUGAAUGACGUUUACAACUUCAUCAACAGUAUACCAACAUGUUCAGAAUAUGCUCAGACGUUCAAGGACCACAUGAUUGACGGGGAAACGCUGCCCCUCCUGUCAGACGAGCAUCUACUGGACACACUGGGGCUCAAACUUGGACCAGCUCUUAAGAUCCGCUCACAGGUGUCCAGGCGCCUGGGCAACAUGUUGUACAUGAUGAACCUGCCACUCCCUGCUUCCACCCUGCAAACCACUCCUGAGAAGCCCAUUGACCGCUCAUCUGAGAUCGGCUCUCCUGUGAACUGCAACAGUGAGGAGAUGAUGGCGAGUCCAAGAGACCCCGAUGUCCUAAAAUCCACAGAGCACCUGCACGAGACAGAAAACAAUUCCCCUCCAUCUGCCAGCAGCGAGACAGCCUGAUCAGAACUGGUAAUGUGGACAAAUGCAAAUCUAACCAGGCCCAGUGUGCACCUACGUGACUCUACCUGAACUGCCACUGUGGUGGAUUUGUUUACAUAACCGGAUUGAUGGCGCUUUUUUUUGUUUUUUUUGUUUGCUACCUGGAUGUUUAAUGCACGAGUUCACACUAGGCCCAUGUGUCUGCUAAAUAUUUGUAUUUUACAUUAAUAUGUACAUAUACGUUUAACAACACUUGAGUGACACUAAUGCGUGUUAUGAGACGAUAAGAAGGUCCAGUAUUAUGUUUCUUUUCUUCUUUUUCAUUACAGGCCUCUAAAUGUCUGAUCAUAGCUUUAAACUCUUUUAUUUUUUUAAGCUGCUAAGUGUCAUUUCUCCAGUAGGCCAUCAUAAGGACCCUAGAAAUCAC